GGGCGGGAGCGAGCGGCUGCCGCGGCGGGGCCGGGGGGCUCCAGCCGCUCCGCGCCACGGUCCCCUUCCAGCUGCAGCAGCGCCGCGGCGACGGGGGCCGAGCAGAUGCAGAGAUUGGCUCUAGAGAGACUGAGGCAUCUCUGAGCUCACUGCUGCUGUGGCUGGGACAGACCAGGGACACUGCACAUCUGAAGACUUCCUACUUUGCACCAGCCUAACUUGUGCCUGUACAAAAGCCCCGUGCAGUGUUUGGAGGCAGCCAAAUGGCUCCGGGGGAUAGGGCUGUUAUCUGCAGCAGCUUCACUGUCACAGGGGAAGGAACAGCUCCACAACCUGACACUUCUCAGCUGUGGAGCUGGCCUGGACCAAUUCCAGAGCUUGUGGCUAGGUGGCAGCUCUGCAGGCUCGGUGCACAGGGAUGAUAAUAGCACAGGGACUGUAAACAGGACACUCCACCCUGCCUCAGUGCCCCAGGCCCUGUGCAGGCAGCCUCUGCACCCAGCAGCACCCUGCCCUUCCCUGGGCUGUUCAGUGGCAGAGCUCUGUGGAAAGGAGCAGCAGUUGCUGCUGUUCAUGCAUCAAUAGAUUUAGAUGGUGGUCAGCCAUCACACAGUUGUCACUGUAGGAGGCCAUGUCUCCUCUGCUCUCAGCCAUAGAAUCAGCUAUGCUGGAAAAGGCCCUCAAGAUGAAGUCCACCACUAAACCAUAUCAGUUGUCUGUUCUUGAGACCUUUCAGGCUGGUUUUGCCCACAUUGCCCAUGUUGGAGGCUUGGAGUACAAAGGUGACCCCAGUCACUCGGGAUGUUCUGGUUAUAUCAGAGAGCUUUUGGGGGCCAUGGACUGUCAGAGCAGCGUGGGAUGAGGCUGCCCUGCUGGAGGAGGGUUCAGUUCCCCUGAGCAGCAAGAGAGGAAGAGACAGAUGCAGUCACAUGUAAUGGAGGUGCAAGUGACUUUGCAUGUGUGGGCAAUGAGGCAUUGAAGAGGAAGCCACAGACACUCAUGGGUUUCUAAACUGGAGCUCGUGGCACUUGCUGUUAACUGUUGGGAACAGGGAGCAUGCCUGGAACUGCACAAUGAGCCUUUAAUCCAGCAUAGCCCUUGCGAGGUGUGGCUGUGCAGGGCCUGAUGCUUCUCUUGCUCUUCCAUGUGGCUUUUUGUUCCUGCCCUUUUCUCACCUAGAGCUCGAAUUCCACUGCUCAAAAAUGUGAUUUUUAGCUGAUGAAAAAGAUAUAUUCACCAGACCAUGUCCCUGGAACAGCCUCAGCUGGGGGCUGCAGCACCUUUGUAUACAGAGCCAGCGUUCCCUGUGCUGCUGCUGUGGAGAAGAGCUGCCGUCCCCAGCAGCCCCGUGUGCGGCGCACCUCCUCACUGGACACCAUAGUAGGCUCCUACCUGCUGGGACAGUGGCCUCGGGAUGCUGAAGGAGCUUCCACCUCAUGCAUGAAUGACAAAGCUACCCAGCCAUGUUUCUCAUCGCUCCAGACUCCAGUGUCCUGGCAUGAUGUGGAAGUGGGGAAAGCCAACUCCAGUGCUCACAAGCGUUCUGCUUCUUGGGGUAGCACAGACCACCGCAGAGAGAUUGCCAAACUGAAGCAGCAGCUCCAGAGAACAAAGCUCCACAGCAGAAGUGGCAGAGAAAAGGAGAAGAGCUCCCCCGUACAGGGGGACCACGCUGUCCUCCCAUCCCUCCGGGACUCUCCUUCAGGCUUCCCUUCUCCAUCUCCCAUUUUGAGGCUCAGCCCCUGCUUGCACAGGAGCCUGGAAGGCCUAAACCAGGAACUGGAGGAGGCGUUUGUGAAGGAGCAGGGAGAGGAGGAGCUGCUGCGAAUCCUGGAUGUCCCAGAUGGGCACAGGGCACCAGUGCCUGCCCAGAGAGGCUCUGGAGCUGCGUCCCUGGUGCUGGAGCCUGGCAGUGGCAGCUGGAGCAGCCUCUCCCCUUCCCCUUCUGUGCCUCUGCACCUCUCCCCACGCCCCCCAGGGAGGCUGACAAUGGAAGAGCCCUCCUGUGCAGUGGAUGAGGUGCAGCCAGAGCCCAAAGAGAAAGAGGAGGGCAGCCGCUCCCCGGUGCUGGCCUUUGCGUCCUCCCCUCGCCCCAACCACAGCUACGUGUUCAAACGGGAGCCUCCGGAGGGAUGUGAGAGGAUCCGGGCCUUUGAAGAAGCUUCCUCCCCCAGCCCUGAGCAGCCUUUCCAGCCCUCCUGCCCAGACAAGAACAAGGUGCAUUUCAACCCCACCGGCUCUGCCUUCUGCCCCGUCAGCCUGGUGAAGCCGCUCUUCCCAAACGUGGGCUUCCUCUUCAGGAGCUUCCCAGCUUCCUCCGUCCCCGUCCCAGGCACGUUGACAUCCUGCCAGCCCCCGGCCCCGUUCCUCGCGGUGCGGAAGGACGCUGUGGGCGGCAGCUUCAGCGACGUGGCCACGGCUCCUGCCCUGAGCUAUGAACCCUGGAAGCGUGGUCAGGCCGAGGAGAGCGUCGUCUUCCACAGCUCCCUGGUGGUGUGAAUCCUCUGGGAGCGCAGCUCUUCCAGCUUCUGGAGAUUGGUGCCUUGAGGGUGGGAUGUGACAGCCACGAGGCAGCCCUGGGACUGCGCCCCACAGCAGGGUGAUAGAACUGUGAAGCACGGAGUGCCAUGGGAUUCCUGGCUGCUGGAGAGGCUCCUUUCCCUGAGCCUUCCCUCUUCAGAGCACUUUCCUGUGCUCAGUUGUCCUUGUUUCCUGUGUGAUUGUGCUGGUG